UCCGCAUAUUCUCCUUCCCAGAAACCUCUCUCCCCCUCUUUUUCUGGGAUUUUCUCUUUCGCUCUCCGUCAAAAGCCCUAUUCUUACGACCACCAAAAAGUUGACCCUUAUUCAUCACUCGAAGAAACCCUAAUUUUGAAUCGUUCAUGGCGGAUCCAGCUGAUCAAAGGGAGCAGAAAUACCGCCAGUACCACCCAUACCAAUCUAUCUACGAUGUCCCCAUCAACAACCUCUACAAUCUCCCUACAUCACCGGAAAUCCUCUUCGAUGAAGAGGCCGCCAAGACCCGCCGAUCGUGGGGCGAGAAUAUCCAGUACUACACCGGCUCUGGAUACCUUGCCGGCUCAAUUCUUGGCGGCGCCAAGGGAUCACUGGAGGGCCUUCGCGCAGCCGAGGCCGGUGACACCUUCAAGCUCCGGCUAAAUCGGGUGCUCAAUUCAGGGGGGCAAGUUGGUCGCAGGUUUGGGAACUCGUUUGGUGUUGUUGGGUUGAUUUUCGCGGGAUUGGAGAGCGGCUUAUAUCAUUAUAGGGACACUGACGAUGUUCUGAAUAGCGUCCUGGCGGGUUUGGGCACUGGGGCGCUUUACCGAGCGGCCAAGGGACCUAGGUCAGCUGCAAUUGCGGGAGCCGUUGGAGGGAUCACAGCUGCUAUGGCGGUGGCGGGGAAGCAUGCAGUGAAGAGAUACGUUCCGAUUUGAGCAGCGAGAAGAUUGGGGGUCGGGGAUUCUAGGGGUUUAAAGGUUUGCAAGUUCCAAUUUUUUGGUAGUAUUUCGGUUUAAUUAGAUGAAAUUUGAGUAUAAGGUGGAUAACUCUCAGCUUAGAGUUAUCUUGUAUCCAUUUUGUAUCUUUGCGAUUCUUACAGUUGCUUAUAUUUUCGAAUUAUAAAUUAUUGAAUUGAUGCAAUUCAGAAAACCAUGCAUGUUUGCUUUUGAUUUUUGCUGCUGUAUGGUGCUUUAUAUGGUAGAAUGAUAUUGCAUCAAUAUCAAUUAAUAUGAUUGUGAGUGAGUUCUGAACUA